AUGUCCCAUAGCGAGUCACUCUUCGAAAGUGAGCCUAAUGCUUUCAAGGGGGAGUCAUCGGACGGUCUGUUCGAUUCAGAUAGUGAGGCCAUAGGCCCCGUUGUCGAGGAUGGAGAAGAUACCGAUGUUGAGAUACUCGGUGAAGGCCCGAGCUCCAUUCCUACUCACGGCAUCGGGAAGGGGCUCAUGACUCGGCAGCCCACGCCAUUGGCUGUGGUCUAUCGUGACGGUAGGCAUUUCGGCUUAGAUCAGCACUGUGAGUCCAGCGCUGGUUAG